AUGGACAUGUCUAUGGGCGGUAUGGAUAUGUCAAUGGGCAACAUGUCCAUGGGCAAUGGCAUCCCUAGCCUGUUCACCUUUGAAAGGAUGUACUGGGCUGUCGUGGGCGCUACCAUCGCUGCUUUCACUCUCGUCAAUCUAUACAGCUGGUUUCUGCGUCGCCAAAGGCUACGAUCCACGAGCAUGACUCCCGCUAGACCGAAGGCUUUCCCUUUCCUCGCCAUGGCCACAUGCACCGCUCUCGUUCGCGAACUCGCCAAUGCAUCGUUACCAGUCUUCGCCGUAAAGUCUCUAAGGCUACCCUCACCCACUCUCGGAAGGGCCGCUAUCAUUGGUGCAAACAUAGUCGUGCUUCUAGUCAUGUGUUUCUACAAACUGGACGUGAACGAUCGAUGGUCCUUUGAGAAUAUUGGAUACAGAACUGGCUUCGUUACUCUUUGCCAACUACCUCUGCUCUUCCUCCUGGCAGGCAAGCGCAACAUCAUCGGAGCCCUCAUCGGUUCGUCGUACGAGCGCAUCAACUGGCUGCACCGCUGGGCAUCACGAUGCUUUCUUCUUACUGCUACAAUCCAUAUGGGCUACUGGUUUGCAGACUGGGCUCCAUACGACUACAUCGGCACAAAAGUUCGGACUGAUCCUAUCACCAAGCAUGGUGUCAUCGCUUGGGCUAUCUUGGUCUGGAUUACCAUCAGCUCAAUGACGCCUAUCCGAGGCUGGAGCUAUGAGUUUUUCGUCGUCCAGCACGUUGUCUCUUUCGCCGUGUUCAUUGGCUUCGUAUAUUUGCAUAUCCCAGCCGAGGUCAAGCACUGGGUGUGGAUCUGUGUUGGCUUGUUCUUCUUCGACCGUGUCGUGCGAGCCUUCUACUACCUCUACAACAAUUUGUCCAUUCUGCACCCUGCCCAGCGGAAGGAUGGCACGAUGGGCAAGCUAUGGGCCCUCAAAGCUGAGCUCACUGCUUUACCCAACAACACCACUCGAGUCACCAUCAACAAUCCUCCCAUUUCCUGGCGUCCUGGUCAGCACGUCUUUCUGUCUGCUCACUCACUAGCUCCCAUGCAAGCACAUCCUUUCACUAUCUCCUCACUUCCCAGCGAUGGCAAGAUGGAAUUCUUGAUUCAAUCUCAGAAAGGCGGAACCCAAAAAUUCUACCGACAUGCCGAGAGGCUGGGCAUGACUCUACCUCAGACGACCGGCGACCUCACAGGACAUGACCUGACGAGCGUGGCUAUCGAAGGCCCCUAUGGCCGCAUCCGCCCCUUGCAACAAUUCGACAGUGUCGUGCUGCUUGCUGGCAGUUCUGGCGCAACGUUUACUAUGCCUUUGCUACGCGAUAUCGUUUAUUCAUGGAAAGUAAUGAGUGGUCAGAGCACGAGUCAACGUGAGAGGCCAGCAACCAGACACGUGAGAUAUGUUUGGAUUGUCAAGUCUGGACCUCAAUUAAGCUGGUUCUCUACUCAACUCAGCCAGGUCAUGGACGAUGUUACCCAGCUACAAAAUCAAGGCCAUGAUAUCAGUGUCGAUAUUAGCACUUACAUCACGUGUGACGACGCUUUUACGACGGAGCAGAGGACCUUACUCGGCGCAUGGAAGGCAUACUCUACAUCAACUUCAGCUAGACAUGGCUCGGUGACGGAAAUUCUCAGCUCUGCCGACGACGAGGUCUACAACGAUUAUAGCACUGAGAAAAAGUAUGUCGCCAAAGACGAGAAGAUCGAGGUGCAGGAGCUCGACCGUUACUCACUGUCGGAGAAAACUGAGCCUACUUCAAAACAAUCUUGCGGACCCAAUGGCACGUGUUGUUGUACCGCCACCAUCGAAGACGAAGACGACGACGAAGCCAUUAGACCCGCAUGCAAUUGCAAUUGUGGAGCAGGCCCGUCACGAACAGACAGCUCGACAUCGAGCAACCUGAACGAGAAGCCCAAACCAAAACAGCCACUUCUCCACCCUGCAAUCUCGGUCUUUUCAGGUCGACCAGCUUGCAGGAAUGUGAUUCGCAAGACCGUGGAGCAGGCUUACGGCGAGAGCGCUGUGGUUGUGUGUGGGCCUCAUGGCUUGGUCAACGAUGUGCGAACAAGCGUCGUCUCGCUUAGUGACGAACGAGCGGUUCACAAGGGCACUGGUGCUCAAGGUAUCUGGCUUUACACAGAGGCUUUUGGAUACUGA